AUGAACCCAUUCUCCGCCCUCACGCUUGGUAUCUUCGUAGCCGGCUACACCACCGCUCGAUGGGACCUUGUUACCAGGCUCUAUGAGCUUGCCAUCUUUGCUUGGGACUACGGUGUUGUUUUGCGCGCCGCAUACGGUUUUGUCAUACUCUCGUUGUUCUUCCUUGUCAUCUUCCUUCCUGUAGCACAUCUCGCGGCAAGAGAGUCAGAUCUGCAUCCACGGUCGCCCGGAUCAGAGCAUGAUGGCCUGAUGCGCAUUUUCUGGCCGAUCGACAUCCCAAGGUCUGACUUGCCUGGGGUGGUCGUGGGCUGGAGGAACUCAAAGCUGGAUGUCUUCGUGGUCGCCAUAUUAGAAGCUGUUGACGCUCGAAAUGUUGAAGAAGCGCUCAAACUGCACACCCUGCUGCGGAGCGCCCCUCACCCGAUAGGACGAAUCUUCGAGCUGUGCGGGCAACAGUGCAUGCACGUGUUGGGCGUGUCAAACCCGAACGAUGCCGUCGCCGUGAAUCCCUCCUGGGUGCGCGUCACCGUUGACCCGAGCACGCGUGUCCCGCAGGUUCGAUGCGCCCAGGCGUCAAGCAUACAAAUUAUUCUUUUCCAGCGGCCGCAGCCCACGAGAAUGCAAUACAUCUCCCUCAACCCGAUCGCGCUCGCCCUGGGACACAAACAUGUCGACGAGAGACACACCACCCUAGGUGAAGACGAGGCGGAGGACGAGAGACAGGAGAGGCUUCGGAGGGAGAGGACGAAGCGGCUUGUUGAAAAGCUCAAACAACACUCCAUUACGAAACGACAACCUUCGGACAAGGAAAGGGCCCUCCCGCAGAUUGUCAACCAGAUCAAUUGGUCCGCGGAGCUCGAGCAGCUUCUUCAGAAGAACGUGUCGAGGUUAGGGGCGAGACCCAGGCGAGCUCUUAGUGUGUCCGAGCGUGUGGUCGAGUCCGCGACGACAAUGAAGAAUUUUGUUCUGCUCUGGAUGUGGGAGCUCGUCACCCUCUACAUCUUCCCCAUCAUCCGCCGGGCAUUCAUCUUUGGUCUUGUCGGCCAUCGGAUCGCAGCAGAAAUGUUUCUCAUCAUACUGGAAUGGCGGCCACGGCCUCACAUGGCUGCCAUCAAGGACAUAUCAGCAACCGCGCAGCAGAUCGAGAUCCGCCUGCUCCAGUUCUGCUACUGGCCCAUGCAGUAUGUGACCUUGAGACAGAGGAAGAACGACUGGGAAAGCGUGACGACCAGCCACCCAGACUAUAUACGGUUCUACAAUAGCCUUUGGCUGGUCGCGAAUGAUGUGAUUAUCGGGAUAGCGUUGGGUUCUUACAUCAUUGACAACUCCACCUGGGUUGCCGAACAGAUCAACGUGCUCUUGGCAAGAUACACGGUCGAGGCCCUGCAGAGCAGCAUUUCCUGGCUAAUGGGAUGGCCAGCGGGUCUCAAACUAAACACGGAGCUGGCAGCAUUCCUGGGGGAUCUCUUCCUAUGGGUCAUUGACUACUGGGCCAGUUGCAUCGAUGCUCUCCGACCAGCGCUGCCUCACAUCAUCUGGUUUGUCGGGUUUUCCAGCUUUGCUGGGGCCAGCAUGCCCAUCGCCAUGUUCUCGGACCUGUUGUCGAUUCUCACGGUCCACAUCUACUCGUUCUAUCUCGCCUCCGCCCGUAUAUACCACUGGCAGCUGACCAUCCUAAUCUCCCUCUUCCACCUCUUCCGUGGGAAGAAACACAACGUGCUGCGGAAUCGAAUCGACUCAUGCGCCUACGACCUCGACCAGCUGCUGGUCGGAACGAUUGUCUUCUGUCUUUUACUGUUUCUGCUGCCGACCGUUGUGGUGUUUUACCUCAACUUCGCGAUUGCGCGGAUGGUGAUCAUCUCCUUGAAAGCAUCUUUUGACACCCUUCUUUCCUGUCUCAACCACUUCCCCCUCUUCGCCUUGAUGCUCCGAAUCAAGGAUCCCCAGAGGCUGCCAGGUGGCAUUCGUUUCGAACUUCGAGAUACCCAAGAACAUAGAAAUGUACCUAAUUCGGAAACCGACCUCCCCUCCACAUCGGUCAUCUAUCUCAAGUCCAUUCCCCUGACCUUUCGUGCCAUGUUCCACCAAUACUUCCAACUCGGGUCCCGCAUCCGCAAGCAUUAUCUCUCCCCUCGCGUGGUCCUAUGCCUUCUCACGGGCAAGUUCGUCCCGCCAAUUAAUCGGAAGAAUCUGUACAGCCUACAGUACAGUAUGCUCCCGGCCAAGAGGUCCGGUAUCACGGGGAUGUGGGCCGCCGUCAACUCAUUGUUCAAGAAAGAGGGCAAGAUCCCAAUCAUGAAUGGCAAGCUGAGGCAUUCGAGUCAAUUCGGCGGGCUGACGAGGAGUAGAGGGUAUGGCGGAGGGCAUUGA